ACGACCAACACUGCCAAGACGAAGACAACGACAACAGGAACGGCAACGGCAACUGCGCCGACGACGACAACGCGCUCUAACAACAAACAAAUACUGACAAGAUCAGCCACACCCACCGCCAACAUAAGCGCUACCUCCACACCAAUUGCGAAUAAUGUUAGAGGUCGAAAAGCGAGUCUUAACAACAAGUUGAUAUACAACAAUACGCACAAUACACGCGGUGCGGCAGCGGCAACACCAACGCCAUCAACAUCGUCUCGACCCACAUCAGCUAAUGCCAAUUUAGCUAACGAGGCGGGCGAUGCUGAUGCUGACGAUGCGUUGGCGGCGACGGCUGCAACAACAACAAUGCUGAAACCACCACUCGAGCCGUUGCAGUUAGUAUGGGCUAAAUGUCGCGGUUAUCCCUGGUAUCCGGCGUUAAUACUCGAUCCCAAAACGCCAAAAGGUUUCGUCUAUAACGGUGUACCAUUGCCGGCGCCACCACCCGAUGUGCUGGCGUUGCGCAAAAACUACACCGAAGAUGUGGUCUUUCUAGUGCUGUUCUUCGAUGUGAAACGUACGUGGCAAUGGUUACCGGCGAAUAAACUCGAAAUACUGGGCAUCGAUAAGCGACUGGAUCAGCAGAAAUUGGUGGAAUCACGCAAGCCCACUGAACGCAAGGCGGUGAAAAAAGCAUACCAAGAUGCGCUGCAUUAUCAGAGUCAAGUGUCCGAUCUGGAAGGUCAGGGGCCCGAUCCGAUAAUGUGAGAAGGUGCAAUGACGGUUGGCGUCUGGCGGAAAGCGCGUCACAAACGGCGCUAAAGCGCAAUGCAGUGAUUGCUUCUGCUGUUAUUCAAGACGCCGACCGUUGUAGUUGCACAUACAAAAACAUACAUACAUACUUACAUUUAAAUGCAUAAUCAUAUAAGAAUAAUUCGAAAGUGACACUUAUGCAUGUAUACAGAAGCGUCUCUUUAAUUAUUAAUUGCUAGUUUUUAGUUCUAUAAGUUUAUAUAUAAAUAUAUAUUUGAUUGAUGUUUACCUUUGCUACGAUAAGUAUACAUACAUAACAUAAAUACAUAAAUGCUAAAUAUAAUUUUAUAUUUUGCUAAAUUACUAUAAUAUAAAAUAAUAUUAAUUAAGUCUUGAAACAGAAAAAUUUGCCUUUACUGCAAUUUGCACUACUCUAUAUUAGAUAACCUUAAACGUAACGAACACACGUUUUAAAUGUAAUUUUCGAAAUCGUUCUCAUUUAGAAUUUCAUAAUUUUUAACUUGCACACUAUUUUUUAUUUAUUUUUUUUUGUUUUUCGUUGUGUCUUUAUUUUCUUCUACUAUAGCAAAGUUCUCGCUGAAUUUCGUUAAUUUAUUUUUAUGUAAAUUGUUUGAAAUUUAAUUACAAAAAAUUCUAAAAAAUUGCGUUUUUUCCAAGCGCACUUUAAGUGUUGUUGUAGACAUAAAUUUAUUUCUUUGCAAAUUAGUUAAUCUCCAUUUUGAUUGCAAUUUUCGCUAUAAUUCGAAAAUAGUCUUUGGUUUUCAAAUUAAAAUAAAGCAAGUUGUUAUUGUUCUGCUUAGAAAAAAAAAAAUAUUUCAUUCGAAAAAGUGCCCUCUCGCUGUGCAAUAACAAUAUUUUCUUUUGACAAAAUAUUUUGAGAGUUCUUAUUAUAAUUUUUGUUCGCAAUUUCACUAUAACUUACAGUUAUUACAUUUAUUGUAUUUUUAGCACAUUAUAAAUUUAUUCUUGUUUAUUUAACUUCUCAUUUUUCAGAUUUACCACUUUCUUUCGCUCUUUAGAUAUUUUGAAAUUUUGGAGAAAAUGUUGCAAAUUUGAGAUAAAAAAAUUAAAAAUUACAAAAAAAAAAACAAAUACUAAAUAUGAAAUAAAAAAAAUAAGUAAUGUAAAAACCAUAUGUAAAAUAAGUAAACAAUUAAAUUACAAUUUGUAAAAACUAACAAUAAGAAAUGUUAAGCUAAUAUAAGCAACAUAAGAAAUGCUGCAUUUUGUGUAAUAUUUCUAAUUGUGUGCAUUCGGUUUUUUCUUCAAAAUAUUUUGCUAUUGCGUACAGUUUGUUUUCAAGUUUUUGCCCUCUUUUUACCUUUCACAUUGAAAAAAAUGGCAAGUUGUGUGUGGUUAAACGCGUUUAUAUAUAAACUUAUACAAAACCUAAGUUAAGUUUUAAUUAUUAAAUUAAAUUAAAUAGUUUUAAGCGAUAAAAAGAUGUAAAAAUUAAAAUAAAACACAAAAAUUAAUUAAUAAAUCCUUAAAAAAGUAAACAAUAAAUACAAUUAAAUUUAAAACCGUUACUUCAAAAUAAUUUGGUAUUGGAAGUUAGCACGGGCAGUGUGAUUUAUUGGUUUUGCCUAUCACUGUUUUUUGUGUUUGUGAGUUAAAAAA